AUGGACACAGCAACCGUCGGGGUCCUGUCGUCCCUCCUACCGCCCGAGACUCAAAAGUACAUACAGGCAUACAUCCUGGACGCCGACUCUCCGGGGCAGCUCCUCCUCCGACAAGCGAGCGGGUACGCGUCCUCGGCGGCGUCGACGGCCCUGCCGCUGGUGACGCCGUACGUGGACGCGGCCCUGUCAGCCUUGGCGGACAACCAGGGAGCCGCCGGCCUGGUGGCCGCGCUGGCCGUGGUGACGGCCGUGGUGGUGGUGCUGAACUGGCUGCGCAGGCUGGUCAUGUGGUGGACCAGGCUGGUGGCGAGGCUGGCCUUCUGGGCCGUCAUCGCCCUCGUCGUCGCCGCCGCCUGGGAGAGGGGCCUGGCCCGCACCACCAGGGACGUCGCCGUGGCCUCAUCCACGCUCGCCGGCUACCUCGCUGGCCUGAGGGAUAUCUGGGUAGCAGAGUACAAUCAUUACGAGAGUCAGAGGGUUCGCGGUGGGGGGCCGUCGUCGUCGGCUGGUAGGAGGUAA